CAGGGGCGGACUGACAACUCAUGGGGCCCCCGGGCAAUAGGGGAUCAUGGGGCCCCUGUGUCCUUGUCCAAACUGAAAAAAGCCUAUGAAAGGUACCAGGGACAUCUCAUGGGGCCCCCUACUGACCCCAUGCCCUUGGGCAGUGCCCGAGAGCCUGAAUGGUAAGUCUGUCCCUGAUCUCACCCAUAGUGUUUAGCACCAGGAGGACAUAGAGGAGGAGGGAGAGGACAGUCUUUUACCACUGUGUAUACACCCACAUAUGUGACUCUAUAGU